CUCAGGCCCCGACGGCCGAGCGCGCCCGGCGUUUCCAGGCCGGGCCGCCAGCCUCCCGGACCCUCCCCUCGGGACGUCGCCGGGCGCCGCGGGCGAUCGAGGCCGCUUCUCCUGGCGCGAAAGAAGCACAUGCGUGGGCCCUUGCAGGUGUGGGACUGAGCUUUCAGUGGCCAACAGCCACCUCCCCAGGCCAGUCCACGGCAGCAGCAGAUCGACAGUAAAGGUGGACAAGUUCUAUUAUUCAAGAGAAGAUGACUUUGAACAGUUUUGAAGGACCUAAAACUUGUGUGCCUGCAGACAUCAAUAAGGAUGAAGAAUUUAUAGAAGAGUUUAAUAGAUUAAAAACUUUUGCUAAUUUUCCAAGUAGUAGUCCUGUUUCAGCAUCAACAUUAGCACGAGCUGGUUUUCUCUAUACUGGUGAGGGAGACUGUGUGCGGUGCUUUAGCUGUCAUACAGCAGUAGAUAGAUGGCAGUAUGGAGACUCGGCAGUUGGAAGGCACCGGAAAGUAUCCCCAAGUUGCAGAUUUAUUAAUGGCUUUUAUUUUGAAAAUAAUGCUGCACAACCUACAAAUUCUGGUGUCCAAAGUGGUCAGUACAAAGCUGAAAACUGUAUGGGAAACAGAAAUCAUCUAUCCUCAGACAGGCCGUCUGAGACACAUGCAGAAUACCUUCUGAGAACUGGGCAAGUUGUCGAUCUCUCAGAUGCCAUGUACCCAAGGAAUCCUGCCAUGCGUAGUGAAGAAGCUAGAUUAAAGUCAUUUCAGAACUGGCCAGAAUAUGUCCACUUAACUCCAAGAGAGUUAGCUAGUGCUGGACUCUACUACACAGGUAUUGGUGAUCAAGUGCAGUGCUUUUGCUGUGGUGGAAAACUGAAAAAUUGGGAACCUUGUGAUCGUGCAUGGUCAGAACACAAGCGGCAUUUCCCUAAUUGCUUCUUUGUUUUGGGCCGGAAUGUUAACAGUCGAAAUGAAUCUGAUGUUGCAAGUUCUGAUAGGAAUUUCUCAAAUUCAACGAAUUCUCCAAGAAGUCCAGCUAUGGCAGACUAUGAAGCACGAAUCAUUACUUUUGGGACGUGGAUGUACUCUGUUAACAAGGAGCAACUUGCAAGAGCUGGAUUUUAUGCUUUAGGUGAAGGUGAUAAAGUACAGUGUUUUCACUGUGGAGGAGGGCUAACUGAGUGGAAGCCUAGUGAAGACCCUUGGGAACAACAUGCAAAGUGGUAUCCAGGGUGUAAAUAUCUGUUGGAGGAGAAGGGACAGGAGUAUAUAAACAAUAUUCAUUUAACCCAUUCUCUUGGGGAGUCUCUGGCAAGAACUGCUGAAAACAGUCCUUCACAAACUAAAAGAAUUGAUGAUACCAUCUUCCAAAAUCCUAUGGUACAGGAAGCCAUACGAAUGGGAUUCCAUUUCAGUGACAUUAAGAAAAUAAUGGAGAAAAAAAUUCAAACAUCUGGGAACAACUAUAAAUCACUUGCAGUAUUGGUUGCAGAUCUCGUGAGUGCUCAGAAAGAAUGUGUCCAGGAGGAAUCAAGUCAGACUUCCUUGCAAAAAGAUAUUAGUACUGAAGAGCAGCUAAGACUCCUGCAAGAAGAGAAACUUUGUAAAAUAUGUAUGGAUAGAAAUAUUUCUAUAGCUUUUAUUCCUUGUGGACAUCUGGUCACUUGUAAACAAUGUGCUGAAGCAGUUGACAAAUGUCCUAUGUGCUACACAGUCAUUACUUUCAAGCAGAAAAUUUUUAUGUCUUAAAAUGUAACUUUACAGUAGGCGUGUUAAUGUUCUUAUUACACUGUUUGAAUGUGUAAUGGGAACCCACUUAAAGUAAUCAGCAUUGAAUUCCAUUAGCAUUUGGUAGCAAGUAGGAAAAAUGUAAACUUCAGUGUUAAGAGUUGAUAAUUUAAAUUUUUAAUUUCUGGAUUUUUCAGAAUAGCAGCUGUAUUAUCUUUUUUUACUGUCAUUUAAUUGAAAUACUAAACUAAGAAGUAUAUUGUAGCUGAUCACAAUGUGUAUUUGUAGUACACUGACUUAACAUAGCUUCUUAGUGUAACUGAAUUAAUCAACUGAAUUUUUCAUUCUUUUUAGAUAGAGUUAACAAAUGGACCAUUCUAUAUAAAUGUGGAGAUUAGAGUUAAUCUCCCCAAUCACAUAAUUUGCUUUGUAUAAAAGAAGAAUGAACUGUUCCACACUGGUGGAAAGAGAAAUUAUUUUUAGAUGUUCUUUCGUUUCAUGAGUCUCUACAUUUUCUUUUAUAAUUAUACAUAUAUACUUAUAUGGGUGAUUUUUAAUAUGAUUUUGCUGUUUAAAGGAUUUUUAAAUGAUAGAAUGCCAUCUAGUCUAUAUGUACUGAUAUGGAGUGAAAUCAAGGAUAUAUUAAGUAGGAAAUGCAAGUGGCAAAAAUUUGUGUAGUAUGAGCCACGUGAGGAGGUAUGUGUGUGUUUUGUAAAUGUGUAAAGCAAAAUAUUUAGAAAAAAUGCAAUAAAUGGUUAAAUAUGGUUUUUCUUGGGGGCAGGGGUGGGGCAAUGGGUCCCAGAGAGGGACUCAAGGGACCUUUCACUUUCUACUUUUUAAAUUUUGCUGUUUAAUUUUUAUAUAAGUAUGUAUUUUGUAAUCCGAAUUUUUAGAAAGUGUUUUACUGAUUUCAAGGCUUAGGCAUGUUCAGACGCCUGCAAAACUACUUAUUGCUCAGCUUUAGUUUUUCUAGUCCAGGAAGACAGGGCAGUUAACCUUUUUGGUGCCAAUGUGAAAUUUAAGUAUUUUUAUGUUUUUCCUGUUUUGUGGAUGAAAAACAUUUCUGAGUGGUAGUUUUCUGACAGGUAGACCAUGUCUUCUUCUCUUGUUUCAAAAUAAAUAUUCCUGAUUUUGUAAAAUGAAAUAUAAAAUAUGUCUCAGAUCUUCCAAUUAAUUAGUGAGGAUUCAUCUUUAAUCCUUGCUAGUUUAAGCCUGCCUAAGUCACUUUACUAAAAGAUCUUUGUUAACCCAGUAUUUUAAACAUCUGUCAGCUUAUGUAGGUAAAAAUAGAAGCAUGUUUGUAUACUGCUUGUAGUUAUAGUGACAGCGUUCCAUGUUGAGAUUCUCCUAUCCUUUUGUCUUAGUUUAUUGUAAUUAGAUGAUUAAGAUGUAUAUAGGGCAAACUAUCGAUUCUCUACCUAAGUUCUUUUGAUUUUUGACUAGUGAGAGUAGGUACUUCCGAAAUAAUGUUCUCAAAUCUCAUAGAAAUUGGGCCUGAGAGAACUCAGCAGGCUAGAGUACAGUGCUUGCACUUCUGGUUCAAUUCCUAGCACCAUCUGGGCCCUUGCACCACCAGGUGUGGUUCUCCCCAAACAAAAGAAAAACCUCAUGGAAAUUAUAAAAUAGUGAUAAGAAUUUUAUAGAUAUUAUAAAGAAAACAAAACGAAUAAGACUUGAUAUAGAUAAAAAUUAGAAAUUAAGACUGCUUCAUAGAACCUCGCAAGAUUCUCACAAUACCUGUUGUAGAGGUGAGUGAGGCAUUUUAUUGCAGAAAGUUUCUAUGAAAAAGAAUACUGGUUCUUAGAGCAUGUUUUCCUAACUGUUGUUGAUCACUACGUGAUGUUUGUUUAAAGCAUUGUGUAUUUAAAUGCUUUUUUAAAAAAUAAUUACUGACCACCCUGUUUUUGUUUCACUAGUAAAUUCCCAGUUCUUUACCUUUGCACUCUAUCCCACUUAGGUUUAAUUAUAUAUUCAUUAAGUUAAACUUUAUGUGUAUAGACUAACCUUAAAAAUGCAAGGGGAAGAAGUGCUAAAGUUGAACAUGUGUUUUCCAGGACACCUCAGAUCCAAAGCAGAUAGAUAGUUCACUGUAGUUGGUGGCAAAAGACUUAACUGUUUUAACAUAAAGCUUCUCCUAUUUUGGGAGUCUCAGUUCAUUAAAACUUUUAAGGUAGCAGAGAGAGCUCAUCGAGCUAACUGCAUGCAGUAGGCCUAGGUUUGAUCCCUAGACACCACAUAGUCCCCUAAGCACCACCAGAUGUAGCCCCUAGAAAAAAUUAUUUUGAAAAACUUUUAAAACUCAAAGAUUUUGAGUUAAGCAAGACCUUUUUUAUCUCCCUUGUAAGUUGUGAAAUUUAAUGCAUAAAGCUGAUGUGGCUAACAAGUUUAUUUUAAGAAUGUUUUAAAACGUUGUUGCUUUUGGGUUCUUAAAUCACUCAGCAUUCCAAAUUCUACCAAUCAAAAUUUUAAAGACUUACCAAUGUUUUGUUCACUAUAAAAAUCACUGGAUCCUUCCCAUGUAAUUGUGCAAAAACCAAUCACUUAGAUCAAAAAUAAAACCAGAUCCAAACCUAUGCCUCCUCCCCCUUUCCAAAAUCGUUCUCAGUAUCUACAUGUAGAUAUUCUUUUUCUGUAUAAAAUUCUCUCUUAAGAUUUGGAAGUUACCACCUGUUUUGCUAGUCAUGUUAAUAAUACAGUUGUUUUGUAAUACGUAUGUAUUUACCUUUAUUGAUAGUGUUUGUAAAAAUCUGUCUUAAUUUUUGAGAAGUGACUAUAGUGUUUAUGAAUUUCAGUCUUUUAAUAGCUUGAAUUACCUUUCCUGCUAGAUUUUCCUCACCCAAUUAAGGGCUGUGGUAGAGUGGGGUGGGAAUGUAUAUAAUGUGAUUUGGUACUGUUUAUAACCUUUUGUUGUUACAUUAUUUAAAUUAUGGUAGUUUAUUCUUCUACUCUUAUUCUAGUGGAUAAUUUUUUUUUUACUUUUGAACGCUCUGAGUAGAGACUACAAGUACAGGAUUAGUUGGAUAUACUAUACUCUAGCUCCAAAUCAUUUCUUGAGUGUGUUGAAUGGGAGAGGACUCGAGGGGUGGUAGACAUGGUAUAUAUCAUGUAUCCUUUCUGUUAGAGAAAUAAGAAAAGGAGGGAGAGGAAUAAAAGGAAUUUUUAACAGGUAUAGUUCUUCCUAGCCAUGUGUUUUAAAGAAGGAGGUAGCCAUUUCUUUGUGAAAUUUGGUUUUAUAGUUAUUUUACAAAGGUGUGAGAGUUCAGGGAGACCAUGUAUGUAAAAUACCUACUAUAAAUGUUAAUUCUCUUCCUGACAAACAUAUUCUCAAUAGGGUUGUCUUUACCCUAGGGAUUUGGACUAAAAUUUAGAUAAGAGUUCUUUCAGUGACUGUUACUCAUUUUUUGGGUAUUUUUCAUAAUUGUGAUGUUAAUGAUGAUAAAUAGGUCAAAUCCUUAAAAUGUGUAAAUCCUUCUUGUGUUUGUGGUGCUGGGAAUUGAACUGAAUGGGAAUCAUACAUUAGGAGGCAUGUGCACUACCAUUGAGUCACAUGAUAAGCACCUGAAAUUCUUUUUAAGUUGAAAAACCUAUUCUUAAAAAUUUUAGUUGAACUUUUCCUAAUAGAAGGUGGCUUAUUUUCACCUUCAUAAUCAGUGUCAUUUCAAUUCAUCUGCUUAUUAUAUUAGCACAAUGUGGGUUUCAUUUGCAACAUAAUAGAAUAUGAGACCUGGAAGUGACCUUAGAGAGUAUCUAAUUUCUCCCCCUCAUUUUACAGAGCAGUGGAGGCUCAGAAGGUGAUUUGUUGAAAGCUGUUUAGCUAAUUUGUGAUAUAGUUUGAAGAUGAAAAACUUGAAGCUACCUCUCCAAGGAAGCCUCCAGUGUUAAUUUUGUCAGCUGUUCUAUAUCAUAACUUUCACAUAGUAAAUGACACUUUAUAGCUAAUAAUACAGUAGGACAAUCUUAAACAUAUAUAUCUUCGAAUUAUACAAUAUGACAAUGUUUGGGUGGUAAGAUUCUAUUUUGAAGUCUAGAAUUUACAGAUAAUGCAUAUAGAUUUUUGGCAUUUACUACAUUCUUGUAUAUUAUAACAUUUAAAGUUACUGUCAGUAUAUUUUGUCUAUACUUGGUAACAAAUUUGCAUUUUUAUUUACUCUAACAAAAGCUUGUGAUUUCUGUUAGAUUGUUCAUUUUUCAUUAUUUUUUAUCUAACCUGACAGAAUGACAUUUUUGUGUCAUUGUAUUUAGUGUUGUGAAUUAUCAUGUGAAAUGUUUUGAGGUAGUGUACUGUAUUUAUGAAUACAACUUUACAGCAUUUCAUUUAAUAGAAACCGCCUAUCAGUAUGGAAAACUAAGAAAUUGCUUUCAUUGUAUAAUCUGGCUCUCAUAGAUUAAAACUUAUUUUUCUGUGAAUAAAGCAUAUUCAAUAAAGUACUAUUCUUUAAAAUGA